ACCUUUCGAUUCGGGCCAUCAACUUCAAAGCUGCGAGCACGUGUCGAGACGUCGUCUCAUCGCUUGAUGGUGCGCACGCAUCGGCCGUCGCGGCGCCAGAACGGCGCUUUUGCACCCCGUCAGUGUGUCCUCGAACGCCCUCGCGUGCUGCUCCGGGGAAUCCAGGAGGAACAACGUGAGUGCGCCCAUACGCGGAUUCUACGUCUGACUGGACUAUUCAGUUUUCAAGACGACCCGGCUAGCCGAAGACAGACACUUCCCCGAGCUCGAGUCGCCAGUCCCGACCUGUUCCCUCACGCACCUAUAAAAUGGCGUGGGUGGAGCCAUGAGUCAUGUGGCCAGAGGGCAGCUGGAGGGCCGCCCUCGGGGUCUUAGGGCUGCUUGCGGCGGCCCUUGCCCUGCCGCCCACAGUCAAGAUAGGUGCCAUAUUCACAGACGACCAGAAAGACAGCGCCACAGAACUAGCUUUCAAAUACGCCGUGUACAAAAUAAACAGGGAUAAAACGCUUUUGCCCCACACAUCCCUUGUGUAUGAUAUCCAGUACGUGCCGCGGGAUGACAGCUUUCAUGCCAGCAAGAAAGCUUGCCAGCAGGUCCGGUCUGGCGUGCACGCCCUAUUCGGGCCCUCUGACCCCCUCUUGGGGGCGCACAUCCACUCGGUGUGCGACGCGCUCGACAUCCCCCACGUCGAGGCGCGUCUCGACGCCGACGCCGACGCCGAUGCCAGGGAGUUCUCCAUCAACCUGCACCCAGCGCAACGGCUGCUCAACGCGGCUUUCCAGGACGUCAUGGCCUUCCUGAACUGGACCAGGGUGGCGAUUGUCUACGAGGAGGACUACGGUCUAAUUAAACUGCGAGAACUUGUCAGGUCUUCCAAUAAUGGAGAGCUAGAGAUCCAUCUGCGCCAAGCAGAUCCAGCAUCAUAUCGUGCCGUCCUCAAGGAAAUCAAAAGCAAGGAGAUACAUAACAUCGUCAUCGAUACGAAACCCUCCAAUAUGGCGCACUUUCUCAAAGGGAUACUCCAGCUCCAAAUGAACGACUACAAGUACCAUUACCUCUUCACGACGUUCGAUAUGGAAACGUUCGACUUGGAAGACUUCAAGUAUAACUUCGUGAAUAUGACCGCUUUCAGGAUAGUCGAUAUCGACGAUCUGUCUGCGAAGGAGGUGCUCAGAGAUAUGGUCAAGUUCCAGGCGAAUAAGGACGUCCAGCCGAUAAAUUCCAGCUUUAUACAGGCCGAAGCAGCCCUGAUGUACGAUUCUGUUUUCGUGUUCGCCGUCGGUCUACAAACCCUCGAACAAUCGCACACCCUCAAGUUGUCCAACGUGUCUUGCGACAAAGAGCAGCCUUGGGACGGAGGCCUCAGUCUCAUCAAUUACAUCAACGCGGUGGAGAUCAAAGGUCUGAGUGGCCCCAUCGAGUUCAAGGAGGGCCGACGUAUCCAGUUCAAGCUGGACUUGCUGAAGCUAAAACAGCACGCGCUAGUUAAGGUAGGCGAAUGGCACCCCGCGACAGGGGUGAACAUCACCGACAGGGAAGCUUUCUUCGACCCUGGGACGAUGAAUGUCACCUUGGUCGUCACGACGAUCUUGGAACAGCCGUACGUAAUGCUAAAACCGCAAACAAAUCUAGUUGGGAACGGCCGACUGGAAGGCUUCUGUAUAGAUUUGCUCAAGGCGAUCGCCACCAUGGUGAAUUUCGAAUAUAAAAUAUUGCUAGUGCCAGAUGGGAAGUAUGGAGCCUUCGAUUUCGAAACCGGCGAAUGGAACGGGAUGGUUCGACAGCUUAUGGAGAAGAAGGCUGAUUUGGCCGUCGGCUCGAUGACAAUCAACUAUGCGAGAGAAAGCGUCAUAGACUUCACGAAACCCUUCAUGAACCUCGGCAUCAGCAUUCUUUUCAAGGUGCCCAAGAGCCAGCAAGCCAAACUGUUUUCCUUCAUGAAUCCCCUCGCCAUGGAUAUCUGGUUGUACGUCCUAUCUGCCUACGUGCUGGUAUCCAUCACGAUGUUCGUGGUAGCCAGAUUUUCGCCAUACGAAUGGCAAAAUCCCCAUCCGUGCGAAAUCGAGAACGUUCUGGUGCGAAACCAGUUUUCACUCGCCAAUUCGUUCUGGUUCACAAUCGGUACUCUGAUGCAACAGGGAUCAGAUCUCAACCCGAAGGCAACCUCCACCCGCAUAGUGGGCGGCAUUUGGUGGUUCUUCACUCUGAUAAUAAUCUCGUCGUACACAGCAAACUUGGCGGCUUUCCUGACCGUUGAACGCAUGAUCACCCCUAUCGAGAACGCCGAAGAUCUGGCAGGUCAGACGGAAAUUCCGUAUGGCACCCUAGAGAGCGGAUCGACCAUGACUUUUUUCAGGGACUCGAUGAUUGAAACGUACAAGAAAAUGUGGCGAUUCAUGGAGAACAGGAAGCCGUCAGUCUUCGUGCCCACCUAUGAAGAGGGCAUCCAGAAGGUCCUGGACGGGAAUUACGCGUUCCUCAUGGAAUCCACGAUGCUUGAUUUCAUCGUCCAACGUGACUGCAACCUCACACAGAUCGGCGGGCUGUUGGAUUCUAAAGGUUAUGGAAUCGCAACGCCAAUGGGCAGUCCCUGGCGGGAUAAAAUAUCGCUGGCCAUCCUCGAGAUGCAGGAGAAAGGAGAAAUCCAAAUGCUUUACGACAAGUGGUGGAAGAACACCGGCGAAACGUGCCAGAGGAACGACAAGGGCAAGGAGUCCAAGGCCAACUCCCUGGGAGUUGAUAACAUAGGUGGCGUUUUCGUGGUGCUCCUGUGCGGGCUGGCUUUCGCAGUGAUUAUCGCCAUCAUCGAGUUUUGCUACAACUCGAAGAAAAAUGCAAUCACUGAAAAGAGAUCCACCACCUCUCCGCACCAGUCCCUGUGCUCGGAGAUGGGCGGCGAGCUGUGCUUCGCGCUGCGCUGCAGGGGCUCCCGCCAGCGGCCCGCCCUGCGCAGGCAGUGCUCCAAGUGCCUGCCGGGCGGCAUCACGUACGUGCCCGCCCUGCUCGACAUCCCGCCCCGUCCGCCCCGCCCGCCCGCGAGAGUGCCGCCAGCGAACGGGGCAACUUCGAGGAAGGGAUCAAUGAAGGAAGAGUUCACCUUUGAAGGCGAUCGCCCGAUAUCCAGGUUCUGCAAUUCAUCGCACUGUGAUGACUGAUGCCAAUUUCAGAGGAAUAUCAUUUGCCUGCCUACAAGAUUUCAACAUCUGUUUCGAGCAUGUUGCUAUUGGUUUCUUAUAUAGUCUUCUAUAGAGUUUCUACUUGCAGCCGGAAAAUCAAAUACGUAUAAAGGUUACCUAAUGUACAAAGCACUAAUAUUUUAUAGAGACGUUUGAUGUUUUAAAAUAAAUAUAUUAUUGAAC